AUGGCUAGGAGAAACGGUUGUGAUAUUGUUGAGGCUCUGCAAGCUAUGGCUCAAGUAAUGGGACAUGCACAACAUGCUUUGCAGGCUCAACAGAACAAUCAGGAUGAAGGUGGUGAGGGUCGUGGACUAAGCAGAUUCCAGAGGAAUAAUCCUCUGACCUUUAAAAGGAGGUAUGAUCUAGAAGACGCGCAGACUUGGUUGCAGGAAAUUGAAAAGAUAUUCGGGGUUAUGGUUUAUAUUAAUGCUCAGCAUGUUCUUUACGAGACUCUUAGUUUUCUGGGUCAUGUAAUCUCCUGUGGUGGUAUAACGGUGGAUCCUUCAAAAGUAGAUGCAGUAUUACAGUGGGAAGCUCUGAAGACAGUUAUUGAGAUCGGAAGUUUCCUUGGACUAGUCGGUUGCUACAGGAGAUUCAUCGAGGGUUUUUCCAAGUUAGCUCUACCUUUGACUCAGUUGAUCCGAAUGGGUCAAGCACUCGUGUGGAAUAUCGAGUGUGAGGAAAGUUUUAGAGAAUUGAAGAAGAGGUUGACUAUUGCACCAGUUUUAACCUUACCAGAUGUGAAGGAACCAUUUGUAGUAUAUUGUGACGCGUCAAGAUGGGUUUAG